UCCCUUUCUAAUGACACAAUUCAACUCUUCAAACAACACUUUAAUCAUGUCAAAACUCUAAUAACCCCUGUUUCUCUGUCUUUUCCCUUUUAUAUCAAUCACUCCCACUUUUCACAAACUCACAUACAUGGACCUCACCAACGACGCCAACGACACAAAUUCUCAAACUCAAACCCCCCAACAGCUCACCACCACCACCACCACCAACGGAUCCCUCAAGCGCCACCGCCCCACCACCGUUCCUCCUCCCUCACAACCACCGCCCGCGGUGGUUUCCUACAAGGAGUGUCUCAAAAACCACGCUGCCAGUAUAGGUGGCCACGCGCUUGAUGGAUGCGGUGAGUUCAUGCCCUCCUCUUCCUCCAAUCCCACAGAACCCCGCUCGCUAACGUGCGCCGCCUGUGGAUGCCACCGUAACUUCCACCGCCGUGACACACAUCAGUAUCAAAAUAAUCAUUCCAACCCCAGGCCCAAUUUCAUAAGCUUCUACCACUCACCGCCGCCACCCCAUCAUGGCCCCGGCCUGUGUACUAGCUCAAGCCCAGGCCCGAGUCCAAGCCCAAGUCCGUUGUCAAGCCCAAGCCCGCCGCCUCUCUCCCACCGUUUCCCAGGUUCGAGACCGGUCCAGGGGCUCUUCGGCCAGGGAAACGAGCAUCACCUUACGAGUUUCAAUCUUUCCGAGAGCCCCAGUGGAAAGAAGAGGUUCAGGACCAAGUUCAGCCAAGAGCAGAAGGAGAAGAUGCAGAAUUUCUCUGAGAAUUUGGGGUGGAGAAUGCAGAAAGGGGAUGAAGGGUUGGUGCAAGAUUUCUGCAAUGAGAUUGGCGUUUCAAGAGGGGUCUUCAGGGUGUGGAUGCACAACAAUAAGAACAGUAGCAGGAAGAGAUCGUUGGAGCCUGAUGAAAAGAUCAAUGUCAAUGCUUCUGAUACUCUUAAUAACAAUCCAUACAGCACCACCGAUGACACUCACUGAGAUUAAUUAAGGUAGUUUUUUUUCUUUUUUUUUUUUUGUCUACUUUCCAUAUUUCUGAUCAUGGGUCAGAGUUAAUCGUCUUAAUUUUGAUCCCUCGAGAAACUUAGAAUCGAGUAGAAAAUUCAAAAUGUGAUAGCUUUUUGUUUAUUCAUGUUUGAAUAAUUAUUUUUUGGAGUUAUUAUUUGAGCUGAGGGUGAAGAGAGAUCUAGUUUUUUUUUUUAGAAGCUACUGAAAUGUCACAUGAAAGGGUUGUUUUUGUUGAUAAGAAUCAUAGGCGCUGAAGUUAAUGUGGUUCCAUAAAUGUCUCACCCUCUUACUGCUGUCACGUUCAUCUCUUGACAAGGACAGGUUCUAUUUAACUAGUUUUGUUUGUUGUAUUUAAAACUAUUAAUUUACUUCUGGUAAGAACAGUGCAUCUUCUC